AUGGAGAAAAGCGACCCUUGUAGUUCGGGGGGCUGCUCGGCGGGGGGCGACGCGGCCGGUGAGGGGGGAGGAUUCGGCGGGGCCCCGAUGCCACCUUGCGGUGUCGGGUGGGGCGCUCGUGCAGCAGCAGCAGCUGCAGCAGCAGCCGGGCCGGCCACAGACGAAACACGCAAGGCGACGAACAAGCGGGAGAAGGAGUCAUCGCCACCACAGCCGAAGCGAGUCGUCGGUCGCGUUUCUGUUGAAACGUUGCGGGAGGCGGGGCCAAACGGGCGCGUGUAUGGGGGAGUGCAAUGCCCGAGCAUGAAGGAUCUAUGGCCGGAGGUCUACAGUGCGGCAGCAGUUCGAGUGGUACAGGUGGACCUGAGGGUGGAGAUUCGGUCACGAAGCGGAGACUUUCUCCACCUUGACUCCGAGCUCAAGGUGAUUUACCGACGACCGCAGGACCACGGCAGCAGUGAGGGUGCGUCAUGGAGACCGUAAGAGUUGCCAAUAAGUUUUGUUUUUCACCUCAUGUCAACCCUCUGUUACCGUAGGAGGAGAAGUUUAGGUGUUGAGGUUCUGUACAAGUGCAGGGGAACGCACAGGGAUGCGAUAGAUUUAUAAGGAUCGAUUGCUCCUAGAGCCAAGAGGCUGACUGACAAUGCCGAAAAAAGGGGAGGUUUUUCAAUGUUGUCGUCGAUAGUUUUUCUUGCAAGUGUUGGUCGGGUUUGCACCCUGGAACAAUCGAUCUACCUACAAGAAUCGAAGUCACUCCUGUGCGUUUGCCCGUGCCGCUGUUGCGGCAACAAGCUAAUCCCAAAGGAAAUGUUUUCGGUCAUCGCCGGCAAGAAUACGGUACGGGCGAUCGUGCUGGGCCGUAGGCGAGUCGCUCCAAUUUUGUUUUUUAUGGAGUAAAUAUUUACUGGUUGCUGGUUUUUUACGUUGUGUUUAACAUUAUUUUACUGACUUUUUCGCUUAUUGUUUGGAGAGACAGAGGUACGUACAGUGCGUGGUGCACGGGGUGCGUUUGCACCGCAAAUUUCCACCCGACAGAGUGGUGAUGCUUGUGCGUGCAGCAGUAAAUUAUUUGGUGUGUACAUUAGUCCUCAAGCGGGUGCACUUCCAUCUCAGAAGCAUAUCAAGAGCACAUCGUCGUGUUCAGAUUGUAGUGCAGCGGCGUUUGGGUAUUUUUGUAUGUCGCGGUAAGCUGGGUAUGUCGCGGUAAGCUGGGCAGCGGCUCAAAAUGCGGAACCCUUGAGGAAUGCGGUAGUCUAUAGCAGUAGUUGGUCAAUGGCUGGUCCGGGUAGCCGUUAUGACAAAGUUGGGCCCGUCGUGCGGGACUUGAAUAUGCAAGUCCUGGUUGGGAGAAAAUGUAAUCGUCAAGUUUUACAGCAGUACGAGACUCUCCUUCGGGAGGUAGGUGGAUUGCCUCCCUGGGGCGAUGUAAGCGGACAUAAUGGCCAAUGCCAUCGCGGUCGCAUCGUUGCAUCUCAAUGUCAUGACGUUCCUUAGCGCCGGCUUUGCGUACAGUCUGCAAUUAUUGCCUGGAAUUUGCAUCAUGUGCGGGGAAUAUAUAUUUUUCUCGCCGUGACUUUUCGCGUGUGCGUGAGUGUGUGCGUUUUGGGUGGUGGUGUCUUUGCUGCAGGUCCUA